CUGUGAGUCACUCGGGGCUCGUGUUUGGAUUCUCCUCACUGAAAAGCAAAUGAAGUGCAGGAUAGGGGCAAUGCUGCAACAAUUUCAAGGGUCUGGGCCCCCUGACCAGGACAAACAGAGCUCAACAGCACCGUCGUCUGGCUACAAGGAGAACAUCUAGGGAUUCUAAGUGGAUUACUUAAAUUUUCAUGUAACACCAUCUGGCAUUUUUUUCUGUAUCUUUUUUGGUUUGGUUCUCUCUUGACUAAUUCUUGAUAGCCCCUGCUGCCAAAGCAUGUCAACAAAAAGGACUUCAUAGCCACUGACUGCAGAAUAGAAGAAAAGCAACAUAAAGCAUGGAGGCUUUGAGUGCCACUCAUGCAGCAUCUUCCCCCUCAACAACCACAUUCCCCACCUCCCCCGCUCCCUCCUCUCCUGGUUACCUGCAGUUCUUCUGGGAGUACCAGGACAACUCUGUCAUUGUGGAACAUUACAACUACACUGGUAAGCUGCAGAAAGACCGCUACCGUGAGGGGCUCAAACCUGAGGGGAUCGCGUUCCUGGUGGUGUGUCUCCUCAUUGUCUUGGAGAACGCUGUGGUUCUCAUCGCCAUUUGGAGGAACAAGAAGUUCCACCUGCCGAUGUAUUACCUGCUAGGUAACCUGACUUUGUCUGAUCUUUUGGCUGGGAUUACUUACAUGGCCAACAUUAUCAUGUCCGGACGUAAUACUUUGAAACUGACACCAUUGCUAUGGUUUGUCAGGGAAGGAGGGGUGUUCAUCACUCUGGCUGCCUCCAUCAUUAGUCUCCUGGCCAUUGCAAUUGAACGCCAUGUUACUAUGGUGACAAUGAGGCCAUACCAUGGGGCCAAGCGGGGACGAAUGUUGGCAUUGAUUGGUGCAAGUUGGGCCCUCGCAGGCUUUUUGGGGGUCCUACCAAUUCUUGGAUGGAACUGCAUGCACAGACUGGACCAGUGUUCGACAGUGCUGCCACUUUAUGCCAAGAGCUACAUCCUCUGCUGCGUAUCUGUGUUCAGUGCAGUGCUCCUGGCCAUAGUAGUCCUUUAUGCCAGAGUUUUCCGGAUUGUCCGUACCAACACACAGCGUCAGCGGCUGGGCAUGUCAGGCAGCAUACGGAAAGGCUUGGCAAGGAAGUCACAGAAGUACAUUGCCCUCCUCAAGACAGUCACCAUUGUGCUGGGCGUCUUCAUCGCCUGUUGGCUUCCCCUCUUCCUCCUCCUCCUGCUGGACUUUUUCUGUCCAACUCACAGUUGCCGCCUGCUCUACAAGGCUGACUACUUCCUGGGAGUAGCUAUGGUCAACUCGCUCCUCAACCCCAUCAUCUACACGCUGACAAGCAAGGACAUGAGGCGAGCUAUUCUGAGACUGCUCUGUCGGCCGUGUCUUAUGACUAGAGAUGGCCAAGUGAAGAAGAUCGGGAUGCCGUUCCUGGAGUGCAGCUUCAGUAAGACUGAGGUCGCCUCCCAGAAGUUAGAAGGGGGACCAGAGACGACCAUGUCCUCUGGGAAUGUCAUCACCACCCCAUCUCCGAUUAAAGCUCUUUACCCCAAACUCUUCAAAUCAUAAGGACAUAGACUAGUCCAUAAAUGUGUGAAUGGAUUUCCCACUGAACAGAGGACAUGUAGCACUUGUCUGUUCCCUACAGAGAGGAAGCAAUUCUUGGUAUUCUCAAUUUUGGAGAAGACCAGAAACAGAUGUGAUGGAGGGAUGAGUGGGGCAGUUACCACAUCCACAUACUUCAUUGUGAACUGAUCAGAGAACAAAAGGCCAUGAAGAUGUGAACAAGCAAGCAAACUUUUUACGAGUUUAAUGCAAGUGAUAAAUCUCUUUAACUAAUUUGCACUGAAAUAUCACAAUGAAUGGAGCACCAGACUUGGAUAAAAAACGUUCCUGUAGUUCUGUUGUUUGUAUGUAAAUCUGAAAGGACAUUUCUGUAAAUGCAAAGACUCUCGUGACUGAAAAAGUAUGAACAUUUUCACCAAGACCUUCUGGGUCAGUGGUGAACGAGUGGGACUGCCUUUUUUUUCACUCUCUCAUCAAAGUGCCUUCAAUUCAUCACAGACUCUGUGGCGUGCUAAAGUGCAGUACCUUAACAUGUCAGGAAAGACAAGUAUAAAUUGUCAGAUUACAGGAAAGACUUGGUGAAGAAUGUUGUAGGAGGAUGUGGGGCACAGAAUUAAAGUGCCCCACUGUGAUGGUUAACCUCAGCUGGGGUUGACUUGAAAUGUCAGCAUGUCAGGAAAAAUGUCUACAAUAGAUAAAACAACAAAAGUUCAUCAUAGUGUGAUUAACUGACAGAUGUAUCGGUGACAGUACAUUACACAUUACAUUGACUCUGACUGAAACCAUAUAAUCUGCAAUCACCUGUAGAAUAAGCACAAUAAAUGGUUUUGCCAAAAAAUGAAACUGCAGCUAUAUUAAAUAAUAAAGGUGUGAUUAACCGUCAUUAUCAAUUAACAUCAGGACCAGCAGCCUUUAAUCAGGACAGAUAACUUUCAUUCACUAUUUUUCAUGCUCACCGAGUAUUUCCACUUGUAGUUUAAGAAUCUUUCUUAUUAUGAAAUGACUGUGACAUCAGUUUUUUUUAUACAGAUUUCUUAGUCUUUCCAGACCUUAACUGAUGAAUGAUCAGUGUGCUUUUUUGUACUGUAAUUCAUGUUGUGAUGUUUUUGUAUUGCUGAAAACCUUUUAUAUCAUCCAUGUUGUAAAUUAUAUCUAUUUUGUAACAAGAAGGCCCAAACUUUAGCUUUCUAUUCA